CUCUCCGCGUUUCCACCCUCUUAUGUUUAUCCUUAUCGGAAACCUCUGAGCUUUUGUGUCUACUAGACCUUUCUCUCUCUGAUCUCGGCCCCUUAUCGUCUCUCCAUUGUGUUCCUCGAGGUCUAUCAAUGACCAUCUUUGAAGGCUCUUCUCCAGCUUCGUCUCUGAAGGAAACUUCCUCCACAUCAAGUCCGAGUAGUGUUCAAAUGGUUUCGAAAUCAGUAUCCGAGAGGCUGCUAGGGAAGUUCUUUGAUGCAUCGCAAUAUGACUUUGAUUAUGAGAAGAGUGGUUUGUGGUCUCCUCCAAUACAGCGUAGGGUGUUUUUGGUCGAAGCACCAGCUAAAAUAUGUUCCAAAGAUGUGAUAUUCUCAAAACUGAAGAAUGCAAAGAAGGCAUGGAGGACACGCAUAUUUUGUUUCAAUUUUGCCUUUUGGUGCUCUUGAAGACAACCUUGGUACCACCCUCACAAAUUCAGAAUCAAUGAUAUUUAUACCGACAAAGCCAUGUUUUGUCUCUGUGUAAUAUCCCCCACUUAGCGAACGCCGUAAGUAAAGAGAUAGAGAUACGCAUUCCAGCAAUCUACAAACUUAAGUUAUAAAUAUAAUUGUCCAAAGAAAACAAAAGCAAAUCCCAAAAGUACGUUUCAAAUCAAAAUAGAACCUCUGAUAUAUCGGGUCUCUCAUUUCUGCAAGUACUGACCCGUAGUUCUUGUACUGUUGUCAUCAUAAUAUAAUCAAUAUACGUAUUUGAAUCUUG